GAGAGAGCGCAGUGUAUCUUUGUAAAUGGACCGAGGCUAACAGCUGCGCCUUUUUAGCAUCUUUUGGAAACGUGUACGAGUAUGGCGACUUAAGUUCACAUUUUCCGCAAAUUGUACGUGUCGAACCGCCGUUUGUGCGUGUUUCAGUUUGUGUUCCGGCUGCUCCGCGUGCCGUUGUUGUCGUUUUUUGACUGUAAACGUUUCUGUAACUUUCGCCUGCAAGGUAGCAGCUCAUGCUAGCCUCGGUUUAACCUCUAACUGUCCACUCCAGAGUCACUUUGACUUUACAUUAGCGAGAAAAACAGCACACGGCAGCCGCAGCAAAGGUAGUGCGAGGACGGUGUGGAUAUGUCAGGAGUUAACGGAGGACAAGCGAACGCGGUUAGCGAGCAACACAACCAGGAGAAUAUGCUGUCAAGACUGAGGGGCUCGCUCAAGACCCGGGCUGCCGCUGUAAGCGAAGAUCAGGAAAACCUUCCACCCAAACAAGCAUCCAACAGAGCCGUGCUUGCCCCCUUGCAGAUCAACAACCAGCGGGGGAAAACUCAGAACCAGCGCGGCACAAAGCAGGAGUCGUCACAGUCCUUGUCUUGUAAAAAUGAAGAUUCCAGCAAAAGCUGCCAUGAGAAGCCCUCUACCAAGCAGUCUUUCCAGAUCCAUGUGGAUGAGCCUGAUGGUCCCUGCAUCAAGAAGCCCCAGCAGGUGGUUGAGGCUGUUAAGGCAGAGACUGAGGAAUCGCCACUGCCCAUCGAUGCCGUGGCACGGCUCAGGCAACCCCUCUCCACCAUUGAUAUUCCUUCGGCAAUGGAUGUCAGCUUUGACUCACCCAUGGACAUGUCGGUAAUUGAGGGGGAGGAGAAACCCGUCAAUGUAAAUGCGGUCACAGAAUAUGCUGCUGAAAUCCACACGUACCUGAGGGAAAUGGAGGUAAAAACCAGGCCUAAAGCAGGCUACAUGAGAAAACAGCCAGACAUCACAAACAGCAUGAGGGCCAUCCUGGUGGACUGGCUGGUCGAGGUUGGAGAAGAGUACAAGCUACAGAAUGAGACACUUUAUCUUGCUGUAAACUACAUCGACCGCUUCCUCUCUUCAAUGUCUGUCCUGAGGGGGAAGCUUCAGCUCGUCGGGACUGCUGCUAUGCUGCUGGCUUCGAAAUUUGAGGAAAUCUACCCUCCAGAGGUGGCAGAGUUCGUUUACAUCACAGAUGACACCUACACCAAGAAGCAAGUGUUAAGAAUGGAGCAUCUGGUGCUUAAAGUGCUCUCCUUUGACCUGGCAGCACCAACUAUUAACCAGUUUCUCACUCAGUACUUCGUCAACCAGUCUGUUGGCAAACAGGUGGAAAGUUUGGCCAUGUAUCUUGGGGAGCUCAGUCUGGUUGACUCGGAUCUUUUCCUGAAGUACCUACCAUCACAGACAGCUGCUGCCGCCUGGGUCCUGGCCAACAACACAGUGACUGGUGGUUCAUGGUCCAAGUCCUUGAUGGAGAUGAGUGGCUACUCCUUGGAUGAUCUGAUGCCAUGUGUUGAGGAUCUGCAUCAAAUUUACCUCAAUGCUUCUCAGCAUGCACAGCAAUCUGUCCAGGAAAAGUACAAAGGCCCAAAAUACCACAGUGUUUCUACCAUCAAAGCUCCAACUAAAUUACAGCUCAACUGACUCCUCCCCCUUGUCCAUAUAGAGUUGCACCUCCUGCCAGUCUUUAUUUUUUCUAUUUUUGUUUUUUUAAUCAUGUCUACCUGUUUGUAAUAACACAGCCUGCUCUUCUUGGAGUAGCGCUAGUCAUUUAGAGUUUUUAAUGGUAUUUUUAUACUCGAUCCCCAAACGUUGAAGCCAGAUUGCUACAGUUGUGUUGGCUAAUCAAGCAGUUUUAAUGUUGACAUUUUAACUUGAAGGCAAUGUACAAGUCUGGGAUCACCACUGUGUAAACCCCACUGCCACUACAUGGUCUCAAUCUACUCCAACCCACAAAGGUGUCAUUUACGCUUCACAUUUUCUGGGUUGUGUUAUGAGCAGCUGUUGCUGGUUACACUAUAUCCACGAGGAGAUGCGACGCCGCUUACGCACUGUUAAGUGGUGUAACCUUCAAAGUGUUUGGCCUCAUGAGAUGCAGAUUAAAGUGCAUUUUUGUCUUUCACAGAGUCAACUGUCUCAUUACAUCUGUCUUGGAAACUGCUUUUCAAGGCUUCUUCUGCACUGUAAAAUAUGGAUCUUGUAAAUAAAAUUCAUUUAAAGUAA